AUGUAUUACCUGGGAGGAUCACCUUACAUGCUCGAAGAUCGUGUCAACUUUCUGAUGUCGUUGUCAAAGAGCUUACGUGUCGGUUAUCACGGCGUGCUAGACCUGCCCCCACUGCUGCAAGGAGCAGCCCCAGGCGAGCAGGGCUUUAGCGAGAGCCGUGGACAUGGUCCCAGCCAGCCUGGAGACAGAAUGCCAUUGGAGCUAAUUUGUUUUGACCAACAACAAACGGUGCCUGGCCAGAUGUAG